AUGAUCCGAUGGAAGUCAUUGAAGAGCACCCUGUUGUUUGGCGGAAUCUGCUUCACUUUGCUCCUACUCAACAAAAGUCUUGUGGAGGAAUACGAGCAACAAGACAAACGCUCGUAUCUCAAUGAUGCUGGUAGGAACACACAAAGCAGUUCUGUCGCGCCAAGCGGAUGCAGUCCUACGAUCAUGGAUGAACUUUCGCGACUAAGGAAAGAUAGGAAUAAAGCGAAAUGUGUUGCCAACAAUGGUAAAGAGAUGAUGUGCAUGCGUGACGAGAACGAGUAUUACUUCCCGUUUUCAUUUAUCAAAAAACAGUACGACGUGUCCGGAAAAAUGUCAAAGGAUGGGUCUCGAUUCGAAUUGUUCACCUCAUAUUCCAAAAUUCGAGUACCUGAUGGUGACACCUACGACCCUACCGGUCCUUUCGGACACUUUGCUACAUACAGCGUUGAAACCAGGGAACGUGUGCGAUGCAUUAGUGCUGAAACAGGAGUGCCAAUGUCAACACAAUGGAGUGCAACUCCUUACUACUAUCCUAUUCAGAUUGCUCAGUAUGGAUUGCAGCACUACAGUAGAAUGAUAGUCAACAAAACCGUCGCUAAAGCUUCGAUUAAAGGAACCGAAAGCACUGAGUGGAAAGGGUCAGCGGCUAUGCACGAUACCAGUGAACGGGUUUUUUACCGUGAUGCUGAGAAAGGAGAUGUGGUUAACAUUUCUACCAGUGGAGGAUUACGGAACCCCGGCUGUUACGUUUUUCUGGACCCAUCUCCCCGUUUUCAUGUGCUUUCGUUCGAUUGGCUCCCAGUUGAAAACGCUUCAUUUACGAUUUUGGUGAGAGUUAUUGAAUCCGAUAUGCUGGUUCUGCUCAAUUACGUGACUGGGCAUGAUUCUCGAUGUGUGUGGAAUGACUCUGUAUCGUACGCUGGUGCUGAGCAGGUCUCGUUUUCGUUCUCGCUUGGAGAACUUCGAAGCCACUGGUAUUCUGUUACUCGUGAUGCGUUAGUGGACGCGUCACGAGCAUUGUCUAGCAUGGGCAUGAACAAAAGGAAAGAAGGCAACGUUGUUCUUCAUCAAGGAGAUGUUAAGUUGGUAUCAUUGGGUUUUCGCGGUCAAGUUGCAGUGCGACAGCAAAUCGAGCAAUCCGAAAAUGCUCAUCGAAAAUCAUUUCUUACGGCUGCUGAUUGGCUAGUCACUAACCAAGAUGAAAAAGGUGGUUGGGCAGUGCCUGUGGAGCGUUCUAUUGCUGAUCGUCGACUUGUACUUCCCGCUGGAUGGCAUUCUGCAAUGGCUCAGGGUCAUGGUUUAUCAUUGCUGACUCGUGCAUACGCCUCUACCCAAAACAUCACCUAUCUAACUGCUGCUAACAAGGCACUUGAUCUUUUUGAGAUGGAAGCUUCCGAAGGUGGUGUGAGAAAUUCCUUAUUUGGUUAUGUUUGGUAUGAAGAGUAUCCAACUUCCCCCGGCAGCUUUGUUCUGAAUGGGUUCAUGUACUCUUUGAUCGGACUCUAUGACCUCAGUAAAUUAGGUCCGAGUGACGUUGUUUCUGAAGAAAUUCGUCUCGGAACCGAACGAGCAUCGAAACUUUUCUCUGCGGGUAUGGAUUCUCUUCGCUCUCUUUUACCUCUUUAUGACACAGGAGGUGGAUCUAUCUACGACCUGCGGCACGUUGGAUUGCGGACAGCCCCUAACCUCGCCAGGUGGGAUUAUCACGCUGUCCACGUUUACCUGUUAAAGUGGCUGGUUCAAAUUAGUGGAGAUAAGACGUUGGACGCAACAGCUGAUAGAUGGAUAGCAUAUUCUUGGGGUAAAAAAGCAAAGCAUAAUUAA